AUGGAUGAAAUGACAAUUGAAUUGGGAGUCAGAGCAGUUGUGUACGCCCUAAGAGGGACAGACCGAGGUGGGGCUGGAAACUAUUUUCUGGCCUUCUCCCGCGUGCUGCUCCCGGGAAACCAACAGGAUCCAGCACGCUCGGAUUCAGCAGAGCCCUGGCCCCCGAGGUGGAGGGAAGGGGAGUGGGGGGGGGGCGGGUGGCAAGACCGUCCCGGCAGCGGCGGGGGCGACCUCCUUCGCUUUCUCACAGUCUUACAUCUUUGUGUGGAUUGUGCCGGGCUACGGGUCCUUGAGCAGCUGGCCGCGGGGGGCCUCGAGCCUAGGUCGGGAAGUCCACCCGCCACCCCCUGGCUCCGCCGGGCCCUCCUGGCCGGGACCCCCAGCCCCUCUCCACCACUCGAGUGUCUGGAGGUGGGCGAGCGGACGAAAGCAUCUCUGUGCGGGGACAACCGUUCCGCCACCUCCACCCCCUCGCCGGUCUUUGUCCCGUCGGUAGCCAGGGUCUCCGCCGGAGUCCCCAGGGGAACCCCGGUCCUGGAGGCCUCGGGGCCCGGGUCGCCCCAGCUUUGUUCGGUCAGCUGGGUGCAGGGACGCGGACACUUACCGUACACCCCAGCGAGGAAAAGCAAGAGCAACGCAGACCUCCACCGCGGAGACUCUUUUGUGCUCCAGCGACGGGCCAUAACCACGGCAGAUGGAGGGAGAAAGGAGAUGGAGAAGGAGGGAGGAGGAGCUGGGGCUAGACGCCGCCGCCGCCGCCGCCGAGCCCCCAGCUGCUCCCUGCGCUCUCCGCGGCGGCGGGAGGGGGAGGGGAGGGGCCGCCGCCGCCGCCGCCGCCGCCGCAGCCGCUUGCGCGCGCUCUCUCCCUCCUCCCUCCGGCCCUCCCUCAGCCGCACGCUCGCCUGCUCCCAAUCCGGGCUGUGUGAGAACCCCGCGCGGGGCGGCUCCUGGGUACAAGAGCAAGGAGCUCCCGCGCCGGCGCCAGGCGAGGGGGUGGCGGACGCGGGACUCCGGCCUCGCACCGCUCGGGGUAGCUGGCGCCGCCACUCGCCAGACGGAGCGCGCGCUCAUCCGUGCGAUCGGCAAUCCCCUGGCCCGCCUGCCUCGGUUCCCGCCCGGCGCUCUGCUGGACUUUCCAAGUCUCGGGCCGAUUUCCCCGCGACUGGAGCCCAAGGAGCAAGGCAGCGCCAAUCGAUGAGCGAGCGCGCGAACGCCGGCCUCAGGAUGCCCGGGGGCUGUAGCGCGGGGGCCGGUGAAGGAGCUGGGUCGCAGUUCGAGGCCUAGGUGCUGGCCAAAGGAGUGGGCCUGUUAGAUUACAGCAUUAUCCAUUUUGAAGUUAAACAGAAGGAUUUCUAAAUUCGGCAUGGACCCUGGAUACAACAUUGAAGUAUGUAAAGUUUUUCUUCACCACCCAAUGGUUCCUUUUUUAUUUCCCCUCUGUUCUCCCCAGCCUUGUUUACCUUCUUUUCCUUCAACUUCAGGCUCCCAAUAUACUGAAGCUUUCUUACCCUCUCCCCCCAUCAGAAAUGAUUCCUGGCAAAAAACAUAAAACAAGCAAACAAAAACUUUAUAAACAAAUCCACCUCGAAGCUACAUAUGGCUAUUCUUCUAGAGUAUUUAUAAUUUAAUGGGUUGUUAAUGCAAGUGUCAGGGUGUACUUUCAGUGGGUUGGGGAGACAUUCAUGGUCAGGGAUGUUUCCCGAUUCCCCUCUAAGGUGACCCCUUACUGCACAGCAAUCCUUCCCUGAGACAGAAGACAAGUCAGUGCAAGAAUGCCUAAUUAUUUCUCCUAGAGCCACACUAAACCUUUAGAAGACUUAAAGGUCACAAACAUUUAUUAUAUCGGUAAUGUUCUU